CUAAUGUAGUAGUAGACUUUUGAGUUAACUGACUACAUGUGAGAAUGACAAGAAAUAGCGGACGGACAUCAUAAUCUGACAAAAGCUUUAAACUUUAACCAAUCUCAAAGGCCAGUUGGUUGCCGUUCACAGUUUUCCGACUCUCAGCUUUCUUGUACUUAUACCCGAAUUAUCCCUCUGCCGACUUCCACACACAAAAACGAACACCAACUGUUUGUUUUUCAGCCUCAGUUAACUUUUCUAUAUUCAGCAAAAGCCUUUCUUUGUAUCUUGUUUUUGCCUGAUAUAACUCCCCCCAAAAUCAUCUUUAAGUUCAAAUAAAGUUGGGUUUUUUUCGAAAUAUAAUGGAGGUUACUCAGAAUUCCGACAACAAUGAUCGGAAAUUUGCACUUCCGGUUGACUCCGAACACAAGGCCACCGUGUUCCGGUUGUUUUCAGUGGCUACCCCUCACAUGCGAGCAUUCCAUCUUUCAUGGAUAUCCUUCUUCGCUUGCUUCGUUUCUACUUUCGCUGCUCCCCCACUCCUUCCGAUCAUCCGUGAUAAUCUUAAUUUAACGGCCACCGACAUUGGCAAUGCUGGGAUCGCCGCCGUUUCUGGUGCUGUUUUUGCUCGUGUUGCUAUGGGGACUGCAUGUGACCUGUUCGGUCCUCGCCUCGCCUCCUCUUCCCUCAUCCUCCUCACAGCUCCGGCGGUGUUCCUUAGCGCCAUCGCCAACUCUCCGGCGGCUUUCUUAAUGGUCCGUUUCUUCACCGGAUUCUCCUUAGCCACCUUUGUUUCCACCCAGUUCUGGAUGAGCUCCAUGUUCUCCCCAGGAGUUGUUGGCACCGCCAAUGGACUCUCCGGCGGCUGGGGUAACCUCGGCGGAGGAGCUACACAACUAAUCAUGCCACUCGUUUACUCUCUAAUCCACUCCCACAUCGGUUCAACAAAAUUCACCGCUUGGCGAAUCGCAUUUUUCAUUCCGGCAAUUUUUCAAACACUUAGUGCGUUUGCCAUUUUCUUCCUGGGACAAGACAUGCCGGACGGGAACUACGUCAGACUCGAAAACUCCGGCGAGAAACACAAAGAUAGCUUCUCACAAGUCUUCUACCACGCCAUCACCAAUUACAGAGGAUGGAUCUUGGCCUUGACUUACGGGUAUUGUUUCGGGGUGGAGCUAACCAUUGAUAAUAUAAUCGCGCAGUAUUUCUACGAUCGAUUCAAUGUGAAUUUGCACACGGCGGGGAUAAUCGCUGCGAGUUUUGGACUGGCGAAUCUUUUUUCGAGGCCCGGUGGAGGGAUAUUGUCAGAUGUGGUGGCGAAGAGGUUCGGAAUGAGGGGAAGGUUGUGGACGCUGUGGGUGGUGCAGAUGAUCGGAGGGUUGCUGUGUUUGUUACUAGGGAAGGUUGGAUCUUUGAGCGCCUCCAUUGCCGUGAUGCUUGUGUUCUCUGUAUUUGUUCAAGCUGCUUGUGGACUUACGUUCGGUGUCGUCCCUUUCGUCUCCCGUAGGUCAUUAGGUGUGAUUUCAGGUAUGACCGGUGGUGGAGGAAACGUAGGGGCUGUUUUGACACAAGUGAUAUUCUUCAGGGGGUCAAGAUACUCAACAGAAGAAGGUAUGACUCUAAUGGGAGUAAUGAUGAUGUGUUGUACACUUCCAAUUCUCUUUAUAUACUUCCCGCAAUGGGGCGGGUUGUUUUGUGGACCUAAAAAAGGAUCCACAGAACAAGAUUAUUAUCUAUCCGAAUGGACUAAAGCUGAAAAAGAACAAGGAUUUCACAAAAUGAGUUUGAAAUUUGCCGAUAAUAGUAGAACUGAAAGAGGCAAAAAAGGUUCAUCUGCUCCGAUUCCAUCUAAUUAUGAAACCCCUCCUACUAUUGUGUAAUUGUAUUUAUACCCUUUCCAAAAGUCUAAGAAAAAUGCUUUGGUGUGUACUCAUAGACAUCGUUUGAUUAUGACCCGUAUUUUCUUGAAGUAAAAGUUGUACACUGUUGUGGGCCGAG